GCAGACAAUCGUCAUUACAACACCGGUGUCAUGCCGGCGCCCUGGCGGGAUAUUUAUCAAUCGAGUCAACUCAUUGAACUCCUCUGAUUGAUUUUAACAGAUUAACGCGUUGGAUUUAAAUACAUAUAUAUAUUACUGUUUUGGUAUACAAAAGGACUUGAGUUCAAAGCAUAAAGAUGUCAUUCCCAAACUCUCACAAAACCGUAAUCGUUCUGGACAGAAGUCCUUAUUUUGCUCAAUCUUCGAAGCAAACGGUGGAAUACGAUGUGUUAUCGAAAUCAAAGAGCCCCGGUUUAAUACCCGCCGCUCCUAUCACCAAAUCCCUUUGGACUUCAUGUGUGGAAUCGGUCAUAGAAUUUAUCAGGAUUGUCUACGACAUAUUCCCCACUCAGAAACUGAUCCGUGUUGUUAGUGGAGUCCACUCAUUGAAUACAUGGACUCAGAAGGACCAAGGAAUGCAGCAGGUGAUGAUGUCACUGGCUCGUAUUGGUCCUGCCAGAGCUGGAGGAAGUGAAGAAGAGUAUGAACUGAUGCAUGGUUUGUCAACUGCCAUUGAAGUUCUCUGCGAACCCAGUGAAAUACAGCACGAGUUACGGACAUCCCUUUCUGAAACCAGCCACAAUGUACUGAACCGAGGCAGAAUCAUAUGUUUAACAGCCAUCAAAAGUGAAGGCCACAUUCGUACGUUGGAAGGCUGUUUGAUGGACGCUUUGAUGCAUCACAACAAAUUGGCUGCCCAAACAGAUACACUUCUGCCAAUCAACCAUUGUGAUUUGGUCCUGGUGCACAUUGUUCCAGUUGGUGAUGAAGUGAAGAUCUCAGACAAACCUCUCAAGGAGGUGUCUCCACAACUAUCGGUGGAGGUUCACGUGACCCAGGCCGGUCGUAUCCUGUACAACAAACUCGCAGCAUUGGUUCAGCAGUACUACAACUUGUCUUCAACCACCGUAACAGGAAUUCCAAUGAAGGAGGAACAAAAUGCCAGCUCUUCUGCAAAUUAUGAUGUGGAGCUCCUUCACCCUGCUGUGGCACAUGAAGAACUCAAAAGACAAGUUGGUGGACAUGCUGAAGGGCUCAUAAUUGCAUCAAAAGAAGGGUUACCCACAGAUACAGUUACUUUGAAAUGGUGUACCCCAAAAUCUAAUCUUGUUGAGUUACAUCACUGUACCAGUUGUCACCGUAUCACUCCAGUUGAUGUGAACAGUCGACCAUCAUCGUGCCUCACCAAUUUCCUUCUUGGUGGGCGUGCUGUGAUGUUAGAACAACCACGAAAGUCAGGCACAAAGGUCAUAUCUCACAUGUUGGCCAGUCAUGGAGGUGAAAUCUUCAUCCACACCCUCUCGAUAUGCCGGUCAAUAUUGGAAGACCCUCCCUCCAUCAGUGAGGGCAGUGGUGGACGAGUGACAGAUUACAGAAUCACUCAAAUUGAACCGCUGCCAACGCUUAUAAUGAAAGAAAAGAUUGAUGAAGAUGAUGUGAUGGAAUGCCGCAAGGUGAUAUUUAAUAUUCUUGGAAUGGAGAGCAGGAACGACCCUUUCCCUACGUCUGUGACUGGUUCCAGAGGGAAAGGACCAAAAAGGGAGGAGCAGUACCGCCAGUUUUGGAAUGAACUUGAAACUUUGAUCCGAUGCUAUUCAGACUCAUCACCAAUGCAUGAAAAAGUUCUAGAAUGCCUCAUCGACUGCAAGAAACCUUCGGAAGAUUCCAGGACAUUACCAUCUCCAAAGAGAACUGCUGAUAAAGCGUUUGCUAAAGACAAGUUAGAUGCAUCUGAAUCUGAACAAAGUUGGAAAGAAUUUGACAAGUUCCAGAAAAUGACUGAAAGAGAAAGACAGGAGAUGAACUACGGAUCGAGUUCUAAACUGGAAGCCACCUCUCAUAAGAUCAAAAAGACAGGUUCUGAAGACACAUUCGGUAGACCAAGCACUGAUACCCCGAACUUCCUUGCAAUGUGGACCAACUGCUUGAAUUCAACACAGUCCAAAAUGCAUGAGGAAUUUGUUGGUCGAGUGGAACACGAAGGCAGUGGACCAGCAGAACUUUAUCCGCACCUCAAAGAAGAAAAUGUUGGGGAAUCCGUAGAUAACACAUCGCCGAAGAACUCAACAAAUAAACUCUAGAUGUCAUCGUUGUCGUUGUCAAUGCAGGAAGAGGAGGAGGAGGAAGAAGAAGAAGAUUAAACUUAGUAAUGAUUUCACUGAUAUGCAGCACUGGAAACUGUGACGAUAUCAAUGAUGAUGGUGGUGGUGGUGUUGCUGGUAACGGUGGUGCUGUAACUUGAGAAAUGUUUUUAAUCAUUUUUUUUUUACUUAUUAUCAUUAUUAUUAUUAUCAUUAUCAUUAUUAUUAUUAUUAUUAUUAUCAUUAUUAUUAUUAUUAUCAUUAUUACUAUUAUUAUUAUUCUCAUCAAUAAAUCUUAUCGGAAAUAUUCAA